AGUGUGGAUAUAAACAAAUCAAAAAAGAGUGGUGGUGGGUCAUAUCCUCUUAUCCUCACUGAAUGUUCGAAGGAGAGAACGCCAAGAGAAGAAGAAGACGACGACGACAUGAAUAUUUCAAGAAUUUCAGUGAACCCAAAAGAAAGAAAGAAAGAAAGAAAGAAGAAGAAGAAGGUUGGUCUCGUGGUGGAUACAGAAUUCUAGUAAUAGAAGAGAGGCAUGGCACGGUUGGUGGCUGUGCAACCGCAGCAGAGACACCCUUCCUUCUCUCUCCUUCCUCCUUCCUCUCUCUCUGACUUCAAUGGCACCAGACUACUUCACUCCCAACUCCAGUGUAAAAGAAGGGUGUCACAGCCAAAAGUAGCAUUACAAGUUACAGCAUCAAGUGCAAAGAAGAUUCUUAUAAUGGGGGGCACCCGAUUCAUUGGUCUGUUCUUGUCAAGACUCCUUGUCAAAGAGGGUCAUCAGGUGACUCUGUUUACCAGAGGAAAAGCACCAAUCACUCAACAGUUGCCAGGUGAAUCCGAUAAGGACUACACAGAUUUUGCUUCAAAGAUUCUGCACUUGAAAGGAGACAGAAAAGACUAUGAGUUUGUGAAAUCCAGUCUUUCAGCUGAAGGCUUUGAUGUUGUUUAUGAUAUAAAUGGACGAGAGGCAGAGGAAGUUGUGCCAAUACUGGAGGGACUACCGAAGUUAGAACAGUAUAUAUACUGCUCUUCAGCCGGUGUCUAUCUCAAAUCUGAUCAAUUACCUCACUUUGAGACCGAUACAGUUGAUCCAAAGAGCAGGCACAAGGGAAAGCUUGAGACAGAGAGCUUGCUAGAAUCAAAGGGUGUCAAUUGGACUUCUAUAAGGCCAGUCUACAUCUAUGGACCAUUGAACUACAACCCUGUUGAAGAGUGGUUCUUCCACCGGUUGAAAGCUGGCCGCCCAAUCCCAGUUCCAAACUCAGGGAUACAAAUAACACAACUAGGUCAUGUUAAGGAUUUAGCGACAGCCUUCAUUAAGGUUCUUGGGAAUGAAAAGGCAAGCAAGGAAGUAUUCAACAUCUCUGGAGAAAAAUACGUCACCUUUGAUGGAUUAGCAAAAGCAUGUGCAAAGGCUGGUGGUUUUCCUGAACCUGAGAUCGUUCACUACAACCCCAAAGAGUUUGAUUUCGGCAAGAAGAAGGCAUUUCCAUUCCGUGACCAGCAUUUCUUUGCAUCGAUUGACAAAGCAAAGAGCGUGCUUGGCUGGAAACCUGAGUUUGACCUGGUGGAAGGUCUUGCAGACUCCUACAACCUAGACUUUGGUAGAGGAACUUUCAGGAAAGAAGCUGAUUUCUCAACAGAUGACAUCAUUCUUGGAAAGAGUCUGGUUCUCCAAAGCUAAUUGUUAUCAUCUCUUUUGCUCCCUCCAUUUUCUUCAAUCAGGAUCAAGAGACUUGUUACUUCUCAAAUCUAUGGUGCUAUAAUUUUCCAAAUUAUUUUUCUUCAAUGCAAAUCCCCUUGAGCCAAUUAGCAACCAUCUUCCUUCAGAGGUUGGGAUUUAGUCCAAUGUCCAAACAUUAUCUUGAAACUUUCAGUGUGUCAAGUCCAGAGACUAUCUAGAAA